AUGGAUUCAAAUAAUCCAAGUUGGACUCCUGGAGAAUGGUAUACUAUUAUUCAAGGAUGGAGAGUCAACAAACCGAUUAUACUAUCAAACAAGGUGAUGCAACAACCUUCAUCUGCAUCAUCUUUAGCAUCAUCAUCUGCCUCUAUACAAGAUCAACAACAACAGCAGCAGCAGCAGCAAGGUCAACAACAAGAAAACGAAGAUCAACAACAACAGCAACAACAGCAACAACAAACUCAACAAACUCAACCUCAACCUCAAACUCCAUCAUCACAAGAUCAAUCAUCACAAAAUGUUUCCCCCAUUUCAUCAAGUUCAUUACAACAAUCUGCAUCAUCAGGAGCAUCAGCAUCAUCUUUACCACAACCAACAACGAUACUAAGUGAAAACAAUGUACUAUCGAUUACAUCUACAACAAUUGUAGAGGGAUUGUUAAAGACUUUAAAGUCGGAAAGAGACGACAUUCUCCGUAUCAAUCUACUAUUGUUUCUCUCUGAAAAUUGUACACUUUUAUUGGAAGAGGAUAUCAAACGAUUUGAAAAGGUUUUUAGUAUAUUGCAGUCACUUAUAAACUCUCAGGUUGACAGUUACCCUGUAAAGACUCAGGUUCUCACUACCAUGACCACUAUUCUCAUUUGCGAGUCUAUCAUCAAGACACAUCCACGUCUUGUAGAGACAUUUACCGACCUUUUACUUGACAUUGUCUCUAAAACAAAUAAUAGUAGUGAUCGUCUAUUAAGAGGAUCUGCAUGUCUUUGUUUAUUGGAAUUGGAAUUAACCUAUCCAUGUCUAUUGUCGGCAUUUAUCCCUUCAUUGCUAUCCUAUGUACAACUUGAAAAUACUCAUCUCAUUCAACAAUAUACUCAAUUAUUCACUACCGUUCUUCAAAAUGCUGUCAUUUGUGAACAUGAAGAAUUGGUUCAACAACAUCAUCAACAACAACAACAACAGAAUAAUAAUAAUAAUCAAAAUAAUCAAAAUAAUCAAAAUAAUACAUCACAAUCAUUUAAAUCACCUACACCAAAUAAUUUAAUGUCACCUCCUCCUACUCCAUCAAAUCAAAGUUCAUUAAAUUAUAGAAGAUCAUUAUCACGUAUACCAUCAAGUGCCAAUUUACAAUUACCAUCAAUCUUUCAAAAUGAUCUAUCAUUGCAACGAUCAGCAGUAUUUACAAUUCCACAAAACAUCAAAUAUGCACCAAUUGUAACUUUGUUGGCAACUCUUUCACAACAAUCGAUUAGACUAUCAGAGUCUGUUGGAAAAGAACUUUUAAAAUGUAUCAGUGUCGUAGUAGAUCAAUCACCUCAGCUAAACUCUUUUGGUUUAAUUUCAAUCAUUCUCCAACUCGUUCCACUCAUUGACAUUGCAUCCAUCCCCCAUACAGUAUUUCGUCAUCCUCAUCUCUACAAAUUAUUCUUUACUAGAAAUCCUCAACAAUUCCAUCUCUUACUUUACCUUGCCCUAAAAUUCCCAGAUGUCUAUACAAUGGAUGAAUUUGAUAUGUUCUUUAAUAGAUUAAUUUUUAUGAUGAAUGAUGUUUCUUUACCAUUAGAACAUAGAAUUUUAGCAAUUGAUUGGUUACUUUCAAUACCAAAUAAAUUAAAAGUAGAUAUAAAACCAAUGUCAAUUAUUAGGUUUUAUAAUCAAUUCUAUCCAACUUCAUUUGAUACAAUAACAUUAAAAGAAGUUAAAUUAUAUGCAAUGUGUAAAUGUAUUUUGGAUAAUAAUAAAAAUAUUACAAACAAAUCAAUUCCUCCAAAUGAUUUAAUGAAAUCUUUAAUAUGUUUGGAUGAAUUUAGAUAUCAUUUAAAUGAACAUUCACAACCAACAAAGAUUGUAUUUUCAAUUUUAUUACUCUAUUUGGAAUCAUUUUCAUCUUUUUCAAUUAUUUUUAAAAAUAUUGAAUCUUUCCUUUCAGAAUUAUUAUUAAAUUAUCCACAAUUUUUAAAUAGUAUAAUAUCAUUAAUGAAUGGAAUACCAGACAAGAAAACAAAGAUUCAUUUAUUCUUGUCAUUGUCUAGGGUAAUCGUUUCACUUGGGUCAUUGAAAUUUUUACAUUAUUUACCAUUGGUAGAAAGAAUUGUAUUGGAAGAUCAAAUUAAUCCAACUCUGGUACUAAACAAAAUAUGUGAUUUGGUAAGAAGAAAAUCAAUUUGUGGACAAGGUAAUUGGACCAUUGGGAAUAUGAUUAUUUCAAUUUGUAGACGUACCUUGAUAACACACAACUCCCAACCUCUAUUUAAACCACUCCGUUUAAUUCUUUGUACGUUGGCAAAUUAUUUUUCAAAUGUUGAAAUUCGUGAUCGUGCAAGUUUCUAUGAUAGAUUAUUAACUCAUCUACCUGAUGAUAAAAUUAAAACUUUAUUAAUUUCUCAAGGAAAUCAAUCAAAUCAUCAAAAUGUUAUAAUAUCAUCAACAACAUUAUCAAAAGUUAUCAAAUCACAUCCAAAUUUUGUAUCGAUUUCACAAAUAACUAAACCAAUUAUACAUCAUUUUAAUAUUGGUGAUGUAACACCAGUGAUUCAUGGAUCUGGAAUGGUAGAUGAUUUUGAAAAGGCAUCAAGUCAAUAUCAACAAAUGUUGGCAGAACAUGAUAGACUUUGUCCAAGAAUUACUAUUCCCUAUCGUAUCAGAUAUAUGAAUCAAUUGCCUGCCAAUGUUCCAACCAAGAUUUAUGCUCUUUUGAUUCGUUUUAGAGAUACAUCAUUGGCAUGGGCAUCAACUCUGUCACCAAACAACCAAAAUCAAUCACCACCAAUGAUUUCAAUGUCUCCAGGAUCAAUCUCUCCCAACACUACUACACCAUUGAGUUCAUCCAUGUUGAUGAUGGGCGGCAAACUAGCAAGUAGUACAAAUGUUCCAGUUACAAUGUAUUCACCAAUCAACCCUAUUCGUAUCCCUUAUCUUUGCUACUCUAGUAAAGAAGAUGAAUUGGAAUUCCCUUAUAGUUUUGAUAUUGAUAUUACCUUUUCACCAAAAUAUCCAAUCCCAUCAACCUUUAAUGUUAAAAUGGUUUUCAACGACGAUGAAGGAAGAACUUGUAAAUCAAGUGGUUCUCAAAUUUCAAUUCAAUUCCAUCAUUUAUUUAUGGAAAUCCCCAUUCCAAUUACAUCUCCUCAAAUUGAUUCAAUGCAAUUCAAAUCAAAAUUAUUUAAAAAAUUUUGGAAAUUAUUUGAUCAAGAUUCUAAAAAUUUGAAUAAUUCAACAUCAUUAAUAUCAGUUAAAAAUAUGAAUAUAAAAUCAGAUAUAAUUGAAAAAUCAAUUCAAUUAAAUCAAAAUGAAAUGGAAGAAGAAAUAGAGGAAAUGGAAGAAAUGGAAGAAAUUGGAAAUAAUAAUAAUAACAAUGGUCAAAAUAGUGGAAUUGAAAAGAAAAAGAUUAUCAAUAGAAUUAAAUUGAUGAUGUUUUUACCACCUCAAUUCCAUUUAUUAUUAUUGUUUGAAAUUUCAAAAGAUGCAACCAUUGUAACCAUUAAAACAGAUUGUUGGAAAUGUUUAACUUUUAUUGAUCAAUUUCUUUUAUCAAUUUAA